AUGGAAACCCAAAUAAGUCAACUGUCACAACUGGUGAGUCGCCUAUCAACUCUUCACGAUCAAGCGAAGGUCCAAAAAGAGCAAUGUAAUGCUGUUUUCUUAAGAAGAGACGAACCAUCUCCGAAGAAAUUAGAUGGGAAGGUGUGUAGUGUGGAGUCUAGAAAAGAUAAAAAGGUCGAAGAUGUUCAAGGUGCCAAAUAUGUUGCUCCACCGGCUUAUGAGGAACCGAUGCCUUUCCCGCAACGAUUGUCAAAAGCCGUGCUCGAUAGACAUUUUGGCAAAUAUUGCGAAGCCCUUAAGAAGGAAGUAGCACAUAAGAAGGGUCCUACUCUCUUAUAUGAUAACCUACCCCCUAAGCUGCAUGAUCCUGGUAGUUUCACUAUUCCUUGCACGAUAAGCGAGAAAUUUUUCGACAGGGUUUUGUGCGAUUUAGGUGCUAGUGUUAACCUAAUGCCCUAUUCAUUAUAUGAGACUUUAGGCUUGCAAGGACUUAAACCUUCCCCUAUUUCUCUUCAAUUGGAUGAUGGGACCUCUAGACUUCCUAAGGGUGUGGUUGAAGAUGUUUUAGUUAUGGUGGGUGGACUUGUCUUCCCUGUUGAUUUUGUGGUUAUGGAUAUGAAGGAAGAUUGUAAGAUCCCGAUCAUACUUGGUCGACCAUUCCUAACCACGGGUCAAGCCCUAAUAGAUGUUCCCGAAAGACAAGUUGUCAUUAGGGCCCAUGAUAAACAAGUCAUGCUCAAGAUUUUUUAUGAACAUAACUCUAUGUUUGAUGGUGGUACCUGUUUGAGAAUCGAUGCUACUAACCCUCUGUUUGAUAAGUAUGUGUAUGAUAGGAAUUUUGUGAGAGGAAAGGAUAAAGUUCCACCUGAUGGCAUGUUUGGCUACAUGAAGGUGAAUUCGGUUACAAGGCAAGUGAAUAAUCCAAUGAAGGAGUCGCUUGGAGGCAAUCAUGGACAACAUCGCAGACCUCCUUCUCCGUGUAGUGAUCCCGGUUGA